CAGUUAAAUAUCUUGUGCCCAUGAAAAAGAGGAAAACACUGCUGUCCAAAUAAAAGAAUUUCUCCUUGUUGUUGCUGCUGUUUUGAAUCUACAAGUCGAAGAAUUGGAAGACAUUAAAUUGUAAAUAAACAGAUAUUUUGUAGUCUGGCAAAAUGGCUGACAGUCCAAACUGUGAUUUGAAAUCUCUGAGUCCGCUUCAGCUGUUUGAAAGAGUAACUGAGCAAGGAGAGAAAGUCAGAGCACUGAAAGCAGGAAAAGCACCAAAGGAUGAAAUUGAUGCAGCAGUGAGGAUGCUAUUAUCAUUAAAACUGUCAUAUAAAACAACAACAGGACAAGAUUAUCAGGCAGGGUUGCCUCCAAGAGAUCUUGUAUUAAUAAACAAUGGUACAACUAAAGAAGAGGAUGAGGAUUUUGUGGACCCCUGGACUGUGCAGACAUCAAAUGCUAAAGGCGUGGAUUAUGACAAACUCAUAGUUCGGUUUGGCAGCAGUAAAAUUGACACAGAUCUGAUCAAUCGAAUAGAAAGAGCUAUUGGGCAAAAACCUCACCGCUUUCUACGUAGAGGAAUCUUUUUUUCUCACAGAGAUAUGGACCAAAUCCUUGAUGCUUAUGAAAAUAAGAAGUCCUUUUACCUUUACACAGGCAGAGGGCCGUCCUCUCAGGCAAUGCAUGUUGGUCAUCUUAUCCCAUUUAUAUUCACUAAGUGGCUGCAAGAAGUAUUUGAUGUUCCUUUAGUUAUACAGUUAACUGAUGAUGAGAAAUACCUUUGGAAGGACCUGACAAUUGAGAAGGCAUAUGAGUACGCUAGAGAAAAUGCAAAAGACAUCAUUGCAUGUGGUUUUGACAUCAAUAAAACCUUUAUAUUUUCUGAUUUAGACUAUUUGGGGACAAGUACUGGAUUCUACAAAAACAUCGUCAAAGUUCAAAAGCAUGUUACGUUUAACCAAGUGAAAGGAAUCUUUGGCUUUACAGACAGUGAUUGCAUUGGAAAGAUCAGCUUUCCUGCUAUUCAAGCUGCUCCAUCCUUCAGUUCAUCAUUUCCACAGAUCUUCAAUGGCAAAGAGAACAUUCAGUGUCUCAUCCCAUGUGCUAUUGAUCAGGAUCCUUAUUUUAGAAUGACCCGGGAUGUAGCACCUAGAAUUGGACAGCCUAAACCAGCCUUAUUGCACUCAGUCUUCUUCCCAGCCCUGCAAGGAGCACAGACAAAAAUGAGUGCUAGUGACCCAAACUCCUCUAUCUUCCUCACUGAUACACCCAAACAAAUCAAGACAAAGAUCAACAAGCACGCCUUCUCGGGAGGCAGAGAUACUAUUGAAGAGCACAGGAAGUAUGGAGGUAACUGUGAUGUUGAUGUGUCUUUUAUGUACCUGACUUUCUUCCUAGAAGAUGAUGACAGGCUCGAACAACUGAAGCAGGCGUACACAAGUGGGGAAUUGCUCACGGGGGAGCUGAAGAAAGUGCUUAUUGAAACAUUGCAGCCCUUGAUAGCAGCUCAUCAAGAGAGACGGAAGCAGGUCACAGAUGAAAUGGUGAAGCAAUUCAUGACUCCACGGAAGCUAGCUUUUGAAUUUUGAAGAAAUGGGUGUGUAACUUCCCACUUGAUAAACCAAAACUGAGUAAUUAUUGUCUUCUGUUGUAUAUCACUCCCUGGUUAUGUACAGCCUGCAAUCUGUGCUUUAUAAAUACUGCUUUUAAUGAGUUAAUUACCAUGAACAUCAGAGUACAGGAGAAUUUUAAAAUAGGACUUGUAUCUGUUUAAAAUCAGAAUAUACAAGAGAGAAUUGCCCAGUCUUGCAGAAAAGCAUGUCUGUCAGCACAGCAUUGUAUUUUAUUGUAUUUCGUGUGGAAAAUAUAAAUAAAACUUCCAUUUUGAUGAUAAA